AUGUGCAGAAUCCGAAAAUCUUUUAAUACUAUCAGAUGUAAAUAUUGGAUUAUGGAUAAAACGUUUUAUGUUGCACAGACAGAUUUUAAACAGUUAUAUGUUAUACAAUCUAAUGUGUUAACAAUAAACGCGGGUUCAUAA